UCAAAAACCUUGAGACCGAAGGAGUCUUCUGAGAGCUGUGCAAGAAGUUUAAGAAUAGGAGGAGAGGAGUGCGAGCGCAGGCUGUGAGAGAUCCCUCGUCUCGACGCUGCUCGUGGUGCUGUCACGCCCGCGAUCGGAUCUUCUAGGAUCCGUGUCACCGAUAUUUGGAUCAACAUGCAUUGUUGAGAGAAAUCUGAACCCUUUUUAAUCCCUCACUUCUUUCCAUCGUCAAAUUUUUGUUUAUUUAAACCUUAUUUUGUUCGGUUUAUUUUCAUAAUCCAUUGUUGAAUCACUAUCAAUUUGGGGGAAGAAAAGGGGAAAAAAAAAAUCCUUGUUUGUUUUCGAUGGCUACAACUGCUGAUUCUGCUUCUGCUUCGAGUAAUCACUCUCCUCGUUCAUCUGGGUUAUCGGCGGAGGGCCAAAAUAGUCCCCAGCAAUUCCGUCGAAGGAAUCUAUCAUCUCCAUGGGCGCAUGUUGUUCGUGGUGAAUCGGAAGCUAUCCCUGCUGCCCCUUCUCCUCGGUCGCCACCGGCGGCUGCCACACCAGAGCAAACCCCUGAUUGCUCCUCUGCGAAGUCUUCUCCAGAAAAUUCUGAAUUGGAGAUUCAGACUGAUAACUCAGUCAAUAAUAAGAGCAAUGCCGCUAAGAGUAAGAAACCUGCUUGGAAUAAGCCUUCCAAUGGCAUUGUUGAGGUUGGUCCUGUUAUGGGAGCUGUCUCUUGGCCUGCUCUCUCGGAAUCUACGAGGGCUUCGCCAAAAUCAUCAUCCGAUUCCUUGAAGGCUCUCUCCGAUGGAUCUGCUAACAUCUCUCAGGGACCUGUGAUUGCAUCUUCUCCGCAAAAACAACCUACUAAUAAUACAAACCCUAUUUCGGCUCCAAACCAUGCAUUUCCUGUCCGUCAGAAAUCAAUGAAACGUGGCGGUGGUGGGGGUGGGCCGGCUAAUGGUGGCUUAACUCAGCCACCACCACCACCGCCGCCACAACCUGUAGAAAUGCCUCAAAACGACUCUGGUAGACUGGCAACAGUGAUUCCAGAUUCUUCUCCAAGAGAACCCCCACACAAGAGCAGUAGUAAUUGGGAAACUGGACCGAGGGGAGGAGGUUUUGGGUCACAGCCUGAUCACCCUCAGCAGCGUAGUUCAUUCAGGAGGGGCAAUGGGGGACCCCAUCCGCGUGGAGAUGGUUCUUACCAUAACAACAACAACAAUUUUGGAGGCAGAAGAGACCAAGAUCGUGGGAACUAUGAGUGGAAUCCUCCUCGAAGUUUUAACGGUAGAGAUGUCCACAUGCAGCAGCAGGGAGUUGUUCCGAGGCCGGCCUUCAUACGACCUCCGCCGCCUAGUUCUGCCCCAUUUGUUAGUCCCCCGCCAGUUCGACAGUUUGGGAAUCCAAUGGGUUUCCCUGAUAUGACAUCUCCAGUAUAUUAUGUUCCUGCACCGCAUCCGGAUUCCCUUAGGGGUGUGCCAUUUAUUGCUCAUGUUCCCCCUCCUGCAAUAUUUUUCCCUGCACCAGAUCCCCAGUUGCGUGCUGUGCUAGUGAAACAAAUAGAUUACUAUUUCAGUUCCGAGAACUUAUGUAAAGAUAUUUUCUUGCGACAAAAUAUGGAUGAACAGGGUUGGGUUCCUGUUCCUUUAAUAGCUGGCUUCAACCGAGUUAAGCAGUUGACAAACAAUAUCUCAUUUAUAUUGGAUGCAGUUCGAAGUUCAACUAUUGUGGAAGUACAGGGUGACAAAAUAAGGAAGCGGAAUGAUUGGAUGAGUUGGCCACUCCCACCAUCUAGUCAGUUCACCACCACCUCAGGUCCAACAUCCACGGCUGGUUACGAUAUGUUAGCAACUCGAAUACAGAGUGUGGGACUCGAGGAAGGGAAGACUGGUAACCAUUAUGGGACAAGAAGUCCUGCAGAAGCUCAGAAAGAAUCAGUCCUAAGUCGGUCGUCAUCUGGAGAUUUGAAUAGCCAAUUAACGAUGUCUGGUGGGGAGGGAACAGGACAAGCCAUGGUCCAAGUAGGUUCUGAUCGAUUAUCAGUGGUGAGAAGUUCUGGCAAGGGGGAGUCAUGCUAGGGCAAGGCUUCCUCUUUUUUCUUCUUUUUCAUCCUUUUUUAAAUUAAGAGGAAGUUGGGGAUUGCCAUGGGGAGGGCUGAGGAAGGCGCUUUCCUUGGGUCUUCUUGCAGAAUAUGGUCUUGCAAAGAAUGGCAGAGUGACAGGGUUCAAGAGGCAAAAAGAGGAAAAAGAACGAAAGCAAAAAAAAAAAAAAAAAAAAAAAAAAUGGUGCGGGGUGGGGCUGAAGGGAGACUAGAAGGAAAAGCUUAGCUUAUGAGUGACGAGCCAAUACUGUUGAGGUUAUUGGGAAUGUAUAGUUGGUUUGUUGUGGACCAUUGGUGCUUUUUUUUUAUCUUUCUCAUAAUUUUAUUAUGGCUUGGUUGGGGUUUGGAGGGGAGCAAAUUUUGAGGUUAUUUCCCUAGCCAUCCCUCGGCGUUUUUGUUGAAAAUUUUGAGUUACACCUCCAUGGGGGGAGAAUUGGAAAUGGAGCGUCACUGGAAGAAAAGGGGUGGAUUUGGCUUGAUGAUGUUGCUGCUACUGCUACUACACUUCCCUAGGCCUCUUCGUUUCUCGUUAUAUUUUGUCACAUAUACAAUAUUUAGUAUUUCAUCCUUAUAUAUACCUUUUUCUUCAAGACCAUUGAAGAUUUUACAGCAUAAAAAUGCCCUUGAUAUUCAGGGGUUGGUGACAAACCUUAUGGUUUGAUUAGGGGAUAGAGAUGGAAGAUUGAAACAGUAUAUUAGUUUGGACGUUAAAUAACUGGUGGGAUUGUUUUCACUGAUUAAUGAAUAUUGAUACUGAAUAUUUAUUUAUGAUUAUUUAGAUAUUAGAAUUAUGAACUUGUUUAGCAA